UGUAGAAAAUGGAAAGUAUAAUUAAAUUACAAAUAAAUAGUUAUGGUUAAGAUGUGAAAGAACAAUUAGCUGGUAUUGUGGGAGGAGUACAGUUGUGCCAAAUGCCAAUACUCAAAGCUUCAAUUGAAUCUAUUAUUAUUUCUCUAUUGACUUAGGCAACGUGCUUCAUGUGCAGGUGGGCCACACCCCACCAUUUUUUUUUUUAUUUUUUUUUCUAUUAUUUUUGGGUUUAUUGAGUUGGGGUGGGUAGGGGUAGGGUGGCUUCCCACCUUGCAAUAUUGUUAGCUUAUUCAUUCAUUUGUCCAAGUUAACAAAUUUGCUGGCAUGUAAUAAAGAUUUCGAUUUAUUUUUUUUCGUCUCCGACGGUCGUUGUAUCGACUAUCGAGCUUGCAAUAAUGGCAUCGGCUUUUGGGAAAUCCAAUAGAAUGAGGAGAAUGGAAUCGAAGAAGUCCCAUUCGUGGUGGUGGGAUAGUCACAUUAGUCCAAAGAACUCUAAGUGGCUACAAGAAAAUCUCGAAGAAAUGGACCAGCAAGUCAAAAAGAUGCUAAAACUGAUAGAAGAAGAUGCCGAUUCUUUCGCCAAAAAAGCCGAACUCUACUUCAAGAAGAGGCCCGAGCUAAUCUCCCUCGUCGAGGAAUUUUACCGAAUAUACCGAUCACUGGCGGAGCGGUACGACCACGUGACGGGAGAAUUGAAAAAGAGUAUUCCCUCCGACCUCCAAUCACAAGGCUCCGGAAUAUCCUCCGACGUUGGAUCCGAACCGUCGCCCGAUCAAAGGCCCGCCCGUACCAAGUCGGGCCCACGUGCCGCCGGCUUCGAUUUCUUCCUCGGAAGCGGCGGAAGCUGCGGUUCGGAUUUAAACAGCAAAGGAGACGGAUCCUCGACCCUCGAUUCGGAAUCCGAAUCUGACGAUUCUUCGGUGAAUAAUUACUCGACUGAACAAGGUUUGCGUAUGAGGAUUAUCGAACUCGAAAACGAGCUUCUUGAGGUGAAGGAGGUUGCUGAAGGUUCUACAACAACCCCGGAUUCCUUUUCCGCCAGUCUGGCGGCGUACGAAGAAGAAUUGAUAUCCGCAAAGGCGAAAAUCGAACAAUCAGAAGAAGAAAUCGUGCGUUUGACAAUCGAGCUCGACAAAUAUAAAUCCGAGGGAGCUGAUCCAGUCAUCGAGCAGAAAGAUUCCAUAGAGCUUCUAGAAGGUGAAGAGGGCCUGGCCCAGACAAUGCAGGCCCUCGAGGAGGAGGUGGCGGGCUUAAGGCAAGAACUUGCGAGCAAGACCUCUUCAAUACAGAAUCUGCAAGAACAGCUUAAAACGGCUCAAAAGGAAGGGCCCGUUUGGAAAACGAAGCUCGAGAAGGAGAAACGAGAGGUUUCGAAGCUGCUCGACCGAAUGACGAGGUACAAGAACAAUCUGUCGGACCGAGAUCAAGAAAUCAGGGUUUUGAAGGAGGCAAUGUCGAAUGCGAACAAGAGCUUAUCGGAAGAAAACGAGCAGCUUCAAUCGGAUAUGACGUUAUUGAAAAAGGAGCGGAGUUAUUUGGAGGAUAAUAUUAAAGAAAUGGAUUUACGAUGCCAAUUGUUGGAGGAGGAUUUAAGGCGAGCCAAGGCCGCACUCGGAGCUGAAAUCGAGCAGUUGAAAGCUGAUAUUGUUGAGAGAAACGAACGUAUUGAAGAAUUAAACGAAAAAAUCGAGGAAUUGAACGUGAAGUAUGGAGUAUUAGUGGCUGAGAAAGACGAUUUAAAUGCUAGGGUUUCUGAUCUUGGUGAGGAGAUUAGUUCGAAAGAUGACGAAAUUGCUCGAAUGAGUGUUCAUGCUGAGCUGGCUCGUAAAACGGCUGAGGAGUUGAAGUCGAGAGUUGAAGAGCUCGAACUGGAGGUUGAGAGGAAAGAAAAAGCUAUAUUAGAAGGGGCGGAGGAAAAACGAGAGGCGAUAAGGCAGCUUUGCUGCUCGAUCGAGCAUUAUCGGAGUGAGUAUUAUGAGCUUCGAACGGCUGUUAUUGGUUACAAACGAUCGGCUGUUAUUGGUCACAAACGAACGGCUGUGAUGGCUGCGUGAGUUUUUAUCGGGUGUGACACGGGUUAUCGUGGUUUUUUUAUACUACUACUACUACUACUGCUUGUAGUUAAAAAUCUGUAGAUUUGGUCAGAUAUUGUCUGAUGAUGGUUUUUUUUUUCUUGGAAAUAUUUCUGUAAGUUGAGAUUUAAAUCAUCGAUUUUAAUGGUUCAAUAUUGUAUUGUAAUUGAGUUUUGAUGAAAAUAAUCAACUAGUGGAAAGUGGUUGGUUUUUUUUUGUU